AUGGCUUCAAGACUAAACCUAGCCACUAUAGAGAACCUCCCAAGCGAAGUUUUAUCAGACAUAUUCAUCCAGUUAAUUGCCAAACAGCUUGCUCAAAUGAGGUGCGUUUGUAAAGAUUGGAAUGCUCUGUUAUCUGAUUCCUCCUUUGUAAAAUCCCACCUCCAGCGUUCUAUCCAUCACAAUGAUGAGAUUCUCUUGUUCUUCCGUGAGGGACUUUCUUUUGACUUUAGUUCAUUCACAGCACGACCCUCUCAUUCACCCGAUCUCGAACUGACCAAUUUCAUUAAACCUCCAUUUAAUCCUCAAUCUAAAGAUAGUAGGGGUGGUAUCAUUGGAUCUGUGAAUGGCUUAAUAUGCUACUAUUACAAAUCAUAUGAUGAUGAUUAUGUCGUUCACGUAUGCAAUCCUUCUCUCUCCGCCAUGCUAACUCUCCCACCAUGUCUUGUGCCCUUUAAUAAAUCAAGCGAAGUCCAUUUCCGGUUUGGGUUUGAUCCCAAAACUGAUGAUUACAAACUUGUGAAGCUUACAAGCUAUCCUCGAGAAUCCAAAAUGGUACCUCAAGCUGAGGUUUAUAGUAUGAGAAAAGGUACAUGGGAGUUAAUAUCUCAAAGAUUUCCAUCACACGUUACAAUAAUUUCCACUCGAGAUGAAGUUUGCACAGAUGGCCAUGAUGGCCAUUGUCAUUGGCUUGGUUAUACUGAUGUCGGGUGGAAGAAAGAAACGAUAGUGGCAUUUGAUUUGGAUUUGGAGACAUUCCGAAUGAUACCUCUUCCAGAUUCUGUAGUAGAUUACUAUAGUUUCUGCAUGAAUAUUAUGAAUGUUGUAGGAGUUUUACCCGGAAAACUUUGUGUAAUGUCAAAGGCAUAUCUUGAAUGUGAGGUGUGGGUGAUGGAUGAGUAUGGGGUGGCUGAAUCAUGGGUUAAACAUCAUAUGCAUUUUCACAGAGAAGUGUAA